CAACGGCGCGUUCCCGUCGGAGUUGGUUGUCGCCUUCCACUUGUUCCACCGAAGCAAGCCGGACGUUCUCCACAAGUUCAUGGGUUUCGACGACGUUGACGACGUGGGGAACGGUCUUUUGUUGUUCAGGCCGCUGAUGUACGUGUUCGAUGAGAACAGAGUCAGCUUCAUCUACGACGAGGACAGCGACCAGUUCCGGCUGAAAGUCUUUGACAAGUCGUUGCUGGGAGAACGAUUGUUUGACAAGCUGAGCUCCAAGCAGAGGGAGGCUCUGCUGGGUGGCAACAAGUUGCCGCAGAACUGGGAGGAUGGGGAUGAUUGGAUGGUGCCGGGAACGGGGUUCAAUAUUCAGACAACGUUUAAAGAUGUGGACGGUCGAGCACUUUCCUUCGGAGCCACUUUACAGCGUCCGUACAAGCGCUGCUUGUGCUUGCAAGCCGCUGUAGCGCGAAAGAUCGCCGUGAAAAUGGAGUGGAUCCAGCCCGAGGAGGGCACAUUUGAGGACUUCCGACAGGAGGGAAUGUCCUUGACUGAAAAGAUGCGUGUCUUUCAUGCAAGUCAACGCUAAAGCACACCCCAGGCCUGGUGGGAGGGAAUGCGCAGAGCUACAGCCGACGUAACUAUUUUUUAUUCAAUGCAUUUAUUCUUU